GAGCUGUAGUUCUGACCAGCAGACGAGGAGCGUCCGUUACAGAGGGGCGAGCCGGCAGCGAGUCGAGCCCGGCCGUCCUGCAAUGGGGCGGGGGUGGAUAACGGUCUCCAGGGGCGGCGGCGGCGUCUCCCGCCAUGUUGGUGAAGGGGCUGGAUGGAGCAGCCGGGACGCCGCCAUCUUAUUAAAGGGAAAGAGCGAGCCUCCCCAGACCGCCCCGUGUGCCGCCCGCGGGAGGAGAUGCCGACCAGCUGCGCGGCGGCGGGCUGCGCCACCGUUUACAACAAGAGCGUCAACGUCAGCUUCCACCGAUUUCCUUUGGAUCCCAAGAGAAGAAAGGAAUGGAUACGUCUUGUAAAACGCAAUAAUUUUGUGCCAGGCAAACACACUUUUCUUUGCUCAAAGCAUUUUGAAUCCUCCUGUUUUGACCUAACUGGACAAACUAGACGACUUAGAAUGGAUGCUGUUCCUACAAUUUUUGAUUUCCCUGCUCAUCUAAAACUCAGGAAACCUAUGUCAAGAAAUCUGAAGAAGAAAGAUGUGUAUACCCCAGAAGGGGUAUCUAACUUCAAAACAAACAUUAGCUGUAGACAAGUACAACUUGAACACAGUUAUGCUUUCAGAAGCCCCAUGGAAGCCAAGAAAAGGAUAAUUAAGUUAGAAAAGGAGAUAGCAAGCUUGAGAAGAAGAAUGAAGAACUGCAUUCAAAAAGAACAUAGAGCCACACAAAGAUGGAUAGAAAUGACUUGCCUCAUCAAAAACUUGGAAACAAAUAAUAUUUUGCCAGGAGUCACACUGGACCACAUUUUACCAAAUGCCUUAAGAAACUUUCCCUUGGAAGAUUUCAGAAAUAUUUUACAAGAACAGCAAGACCAUCUAUAAAAGCUUUGCCAAUUUUAAAACUAGACUUCAAAAUUUAGAUUUAUACUGAAUAUAAUGCCAAAAAAUGUAUCCAGCUUAAUUAAUAUGUUUUUUCUAAGACAUUCUUGUGGUGGUGAGGGACAACACUGGUUCUUAUGGCUGCUUAAUUAAUUGCAAAUACCCAUCUAUUACUAAUGAAAAAUUCACCACAAGUCUUUUAAUUGUGAUAGUAAGUUUUCAAUCAGUUAAUAAGAGUGCCUUAUGCAAGAACUAGUUCUGUGAAUUAACCAUCUUUUCAUUUUUAAAUAAUUGAGGAUUGUGUUUUGGUUGAUUGGUCUAUUUUUGUAGAACAUCUGAGUAAUUGAAAUGGACCAGUUUUUGAUGGAACACACACACUAUUCAGAAAUGAAUUGCGGGUGCUGAGGAAGCCGUAAGAACACCACUUUAUGUCAAGUGGCAGGAUAAGACUCAAAAUGAAGAUAUUUCAAGCCAAACCCAGCAGUCACCUCCAGCAGGACUGGUUUGAUUUCAGCGGCUUUCUUGAUACCGAGGUGGUAUUAGAAUGGAAGAGUAAUGAAUUUCAAAGCGUGUGUACCAAGGAAUUCACUACAUGGCCGGUAUUGUCCAUCUCGGAGCUGUUUCAUAAAAGUAUAUACUACAGGCAUUUUGCUGUACCUUUAUUUAAGG